AUGCUAGUGGGCGAUGUAGAUGCUAGGAGUAAGUCGAAUCCUAGCUCAGGGGAAUCUAUAGCGUCAUAUUUGAAAAAAUUCCACGAGGCGGUAUUGGAAGUAACUGAUUUGAAAGAGUCAGUCGCAUUAAACGCCCUGAUCAACGGAAUGAAGGCUCAAAGGCCGAAGUUUCAGUUGGUCGAGAGUCAAGCACAUGACCCCAAGAAACGAAGGUCGGAAAAGAAAGAUCCAAUAUCCAAUCAUGCCUCAAGGAAUAGAGAGGAACAUUCAUCAAGGAGGGAUAGAAACUACUUGCCGCGUCGUCCAGAACCUCCGUCAGAUAUGGGGCCUCCACGAUCCAGACACGUAUAUGUCGUUGAAGGGGAGUCCAGGAAGCGGAAUUUAUUAGAUGGAGACAACGAUCCGCUGUUCAACCGGGACAGGAAGGACAUAUUCUUCGCCAUCCGGGAUCAGUUGCCAACUCCACCUCCUACUACCACCCCCUCUGAUCGACGGAACUACAAUCUGUGGUGUUAUUACCACAAAGAACACGACCACACUUUGGCCCAAUGCCGCGAACUCAAGCGUAUCCUACAUCAACUGGCCGAUGAGGGAAAAUUGUCCAUCUUCAUCAACCGAAAGGACUACGACGCUAGAAGAGAAGAGGAAAGGAGGUCGUGGAAUCAAAGACGCAGAUCCCCCAAGAGAGAUGAGGCCAGGCGCGACAGUUCUAACACACAAGGAACUAUCAACAUGAUUUUUAGAGGAUACACUGAAGAGUAUCCUACAAUCCGGGCCGCAAGAUACAGCGUCCACAUUCUGCUAAGAGGGCCUCCAAAAGCCUCGUCAAGCGGACCGACCAUGAGGUUCGAUGCCACGACCUCCCAAACGCUGCAACAACCACAUACUGACCCUCUGGUGGUCACCCUCAAAAUUGGGCAAAUGAAAGUCAAGAGGGUACUGGUAGACACCGAAAGCACGGCUGAUCUUAUAACGAUGGAAUGCUUGAGAAAGAUGAAGUUCGAAGAAAAGCACUUACAACCCCUUGAUAAACCCUUGAUCGGGUUUGGGGGAAGUCAGCGGGACGAUGGAAAAGUGGGUAUCCUCAAAGGGGAUCAGAUGACGGCACGCCAAUGCCUCAUCAACACCUUAAAAGGAGGACCUUCCAUCACCCCCUCCGAAAGGGAAAGGGAAGAAGAUUCCCCGACUGUGAUGAGCGUGUAUCUAGAGAACCCUAACACGCACGAAAGGCCUCAUUCCCAUAGAGCGAUACGAGGAGGUAGAUAUUUUCGGAGGAAAACGCAUUAA